AUGUCAACCAACAAAAAAAAGCUCAUUCUCAAUACUGUCUCUGUCGACCUGGGUUGCAGCAGCAGUUGCAGAAGGCCAAGACUCUCCAAAAUCUUCCACCCCAGAACCAAACUCAAAAAACCCACUUCCUUUCACCAAAAACCCAACCCAUAUUUCUCAUCUUCAACCUCAUGGGACACUACCACCACCACAUUCUCUCCCACCCACCACGACACCCCAACCUACUACUCCGACCCCGAGUCCGCCGACAUAAAGAGCCUGAGAGCCGUUCAGGGCUUCGGAAGGAUCGGCGGAGAGAGUGUCGCUGUUGAGAAAGAGACCGACGACCCUUAUCUCGAUUUCCGACAGUCCAUGCUUCAGAUGAUACUUGAGAAAGAGAUUUAUUCCAAGGACGAUCUUCGAGAGCUUCUCAACUGUUUUCUGCAGCUGAAUUCACCUUACUAUCAUGGAAUCAUCGUUCGAGCUUUCACUGAGAUCUGGAAUGGAGUGUUCUCUGUGAGGUCUGGUUCGCCGGAACUGUUUGCUGGGUGGAGGUCACGUGCCUUCUAGGUGUUGCACGUGUAGUAGUAGCAAAUCAUCUUCUUCUAGCUCUAGCUAGAACAAGUUCAAAUAAUUAGUAGAAUCUUAGGAGUUUUAGGAGGACUCUUGUACUCUGUACAUGGUUUUUUUAGCUGCAUCUGUAACUUCACAAUAAAAUUGUAACUUGCAGAAGUUUGGAUGCAGCCAAAAAUACUAUGAGAAAUCGCAAUAUGUUGAC